AUGUCAGCGACAGCGACGCUUGCGACCCUUCGCGAGCAGGCAGAUCUGUAUGCGGAGGUAUACAAGGAGCACCUCGAGAGCACUCAGAGUCUCCAGCAUACGCUGAUGCAAGAUAUCCUCCCCGGAAUGGUAGAUGAGCUUGACCUGCAGGAAGAGGACGAGGAGAGGGCAAGACUGUGGCUGGGUGAUCUUCAUACGAUAUUCAGGAUACUCAGGCGCCACAAAUUCACUGUCCCAUUCGCCUUGGAGCAUGUCCGGGACAUCUUGCUUUGGCGGUUGGCGGUCAUUCCUGCCUCGAUCCCGCGCGGCACCUCAUCGUUUCUACAAUGCCUUCCCUUGGCUGCCCGGGACCCUCUCGGUAGACCUAUCGUCGUAGUCAAGCUGGCCGGGCUCUUCGAGUGCUCGGGGAACGUGCGUGAGGCGCUUAUCCGCUACAUGGAACUCCUUCGCUUGAAUCUUGAAGCGAUUAACGUGAACGCGGGAGAAGGCAAUCCUUCUCCGGUCAUGCAGUAUGUUGCCUUGUUGGACAUCGGCGGUAUCUCUGUGCAGAGUCAACAGAGCACAGAGGUCGUGAGUUGGUAUGUGUUGGAGCUGGUCCCUCGUUUUCCGGGCAUGCUCGCCGCGACGUUCAUUCUCAAUUAUUCCUGGGCACAUUCAGGCGUCUGGAAUAUCUGCAAGCGUGUGCUGCCAAAGUCCGCUCUGUUGCGGGUAUUUUUCCCGUCACAAGAGGAGCUGCUGCAGGUUAUUUCCCCGUCCGCUUUGCCACAGGAAUAUGGCGGCUCUCUUGCACCGCUGUCCCAGCUGGAGGAUCCCCUCGAGAAACUGACCGCUCCACCGCCUGUCCUCUUCCCGGCAUCCCCGACCAAAUCUGUCCGGUUGGAGCUGCCACCGAGUUCGAGCAUUGCUCGUGUGCCUUCCAUCUCGCCAACCUCGCACCUCAACCCGUACUUCGGAUAUCCGGUCUCCGGUCGUGACGCGGCAACAACGCCGCGGCUCAGACACGGUCGCCAGCGCAAACGCGACCUCCUCCGGACCCUGGCCGGGCUCUGGUGGGGCAGGUGGAGGGGCCGCGUCUAUCUGCUUCUCUGCAUCGUGCUCGCGGUCGUGAUGGUUACACCACGCCGCCAUCCGCGCAUCCUCCGAUGGAAGCAGGCCGUGCGCCGUCUGCUGGGCAGCGGGGGCCCGCCGGCCUCGCGCUGA